AUGCGCAGCAAAGUACCAGUAGGCAAGUCCUCACAUCGUCCUCACGUGCAGGUGAAUAACUACGGGCGAAUUAACUCACCCGGCGAUGAUAUCCGUGUAGCCAUGGCGAAGAACGCGAGCAAGGCGGGAAGUCCUACCGCCGCCUCCGGUGCGAGCUGUGACGGGGACGACGGAGACGAAGCACACGGCGACGACGCGGAGGAGGAUUGGCCGGAGAACGGCCACGACGACAGCGCUUCGGGCAACGAAUUGGGUCCUGCCGACAUCGAGGAGGAUGAAUGGUGGAAUCAGCCGGUCGGGAGCGACGACGAGGUGGAAGAGUGGCGGGCUGGGGAUUCCGACAAUGACGGAGGUGAAGAUGCUGACGGUGACAACGCGGAGGCACAGGAAGCGGCGGUGGAUGCGAAUGAGUCUGCCGACGAGGCGGAGGCGGAACUGGAGCCAGUUGCGCCUGCGGAUGCGGACGCGGUGGCGAAGGCGGACAAGGUUGCGGAGGAUGCCGUCUUAUUUGAUGGUGAAGGCUCUGACGACGACCCGUGGAGCCUUGGGACAGACGACGACGUUCCGCUACUGAAGCGGAGGCUGCGCCAUCGCCUACAGUCCACGUCGAAGCGCGCCCGCGUGGUCCUCUCCGACGACGACAGUUCCGGGGAGGAGCGUCGCCCCCUACUCACCGCUGCGGAGAAGGGAAAGGCAAAGGUCGUAGAAGCCCCUGCUAAGUCCCCUGCUAAGGCCCCUGCUAAAGCCCCUGCUCGUCACCGCACAAGCAACAAGAAGCGCAAGGACGACGGAGACCCUGGAUCCAGCAAGGGUGCGGCUAAGAAAAAGGCGAAGAGGGCGCCGAAUCCUGACGACAUCAUCGUGAACGAGGCGUUGGGCAGCAACGACGAGUACGCGGCGGCGGCGGGCUCGAUUCCCACGUUCCCAGAGAAGGUCACGCCGAAGGACCGCACCCUCCAUAAUCCCAACACCCGCCCACCUUCCCCUCGCAUCAAAGACACUACGAAGAAGCGGCGCGGAUGGACCGUGUGUGAGAAGCUUAAGUGGGCGCGCCGCUAUCAGGAGCUCGGCUCCUUGAAGAAGACGAGCUUGGAGUCAACCGCGAGCGUCGCCUGCAUCAGACGCUGGAGUGCGGAGGCGGCUACGGGCUUCUACAAGGGCGCGGCUAACUGCCGCAAGCGGAUGCACGGGGGGGGGGGACGCCAAGCACACUACCCCGACAUGGAGGCAGCGUUGUACCGCUACAUCUGCCUUCAGCGCGCUAACGGUGUGGCCAUUUCGGUGAAGGACACCCAGAAGUGGAGCCGCGAGUGGAUGAAGAAACAUCACCCCGGCAAGAACUGGAACGCGAGCUCCCACUGGAGCCAGCGUUUCCGUGACCGCUGGAACCUGGUGAUGCGGGUGAAGACGAAGGUCGGACAACGUCUGUCGGCAGGUGCGUGA